CACUUAAAGGGGAAUCCCACCCCCCUUCAGUCUUGCACAGGUGUACCGGCUCCUCCCCUUCAGUCUUGCACAGGUGUACCGGCUCCUCCCCUCCAGUCUUGCACAGGUGUACCGGCUCCUCCCCUCCAGUCUUGCACAGGUGUACCGGCUCCUCCCCUCCAGUCUUGCACAGGUGUACCGGCUCCUCCCCUCCAGUCUUGCACAUGUGCACCGGCUCCUCCCCUCCAGUCUUGCACAGGUGUACCGGCUCCUCCCCUCCAGUCUUGCACAGGUGUACCGGCUCCUCCCCUCCAGUCUUGCACAGGUGUACCGGCUCCUCCCCUCCUGUCUUGCACAGGUGUACCAGCUCCUCCCCCUUCAGUCUUGCACAGGUGUACCAGCUCCUCCCCUCCAGUCUUGCACAGGUGUACCGGCUCCUCCCCCUUCAGUCUUGCACAGGUGUACCGGCUCCUCCCCUCCAGUCUUGCACAGGUGUACCGGCUCCUCCCCUCCAGUCUUGCACAGGUGUACCGGCUCCUCCCCUUCAGUCUUGCGCAGGUGUACCGGCUCCUCCCCUUCAGUCUUGCGCAGGUGUACCGGCUCCUCCCCUUCAGUCUUGCACAGGUGUACCGGCUCCUCCCCUUCAGUCUUGCACAGGUGCACUGGGUCCUGUACUGUACUGCAGUGUCACUGCACGCUCACUCUGAUGUCACUGCACACUCCCACUUCACCGGACUGACACCCACCCAUCAUUUUGACUUUUGAAGAUGCCCCCCUGUGCUCCUUCCCCCAGAGUGGGGGCGCU